ACGGCCACCUGCGCUCUCGCAGCCCGAAGCUGUCCGUGCGUCCCUCUGAGGAGGCCUGUCUCGGGGUCCCUCCCGACCUGAGACCCCCAGCCACCGUCGGGUGUCCCCAGGGCCCGGGUCCGGUCUGCAGGUGCGCGGCCCGCGCUGGUCCCGCCUGGCCCGGGGCGCCGCCCGGGGCCCCGUCCGCGGACAUGGAAGAGGGCGCCCUGCUCGGCGGCAUGUCCAGCCCCGAAGAGGCGAUGGUGCCAGACCUGUUCGGUGCGGACGGCGGGUUUGUGUCCGAGAACAUGCCCCUGAAGGCCGCGGCGGUGGUCGGGGCCGAGGAAGAGGAGUUCCACGUGCUCAAAGACCCGUACCUGAGCGCCGCGGGCCCCAAAGGGCCCCUGCUGCACGCGUUCAACCCCCCGCUGAGCGGGGACUGCAAGACCAAGGUCAAAGCCGAGCUCCUGGUGGAGGAGAGCGAGGAGGAAAUGCUCGGGGAGUUCCCGAGGCUCCCCGACCUCGACCCCCUGGAGGACCCGGUGCUCCCCGCAGCGCCACCCCCGCAGCCCUACAACGUGCACUUCCUGUCCCCCAUGCGGACCGCGCACGGGAGCCCUGCCAUCGUGCCCCUGGGCGCCUGGGCGCGGGAAGGAGCCGCCCACGCCGGUGUCCGGGUGAUUCCAGUGGAGGUGAAGGAAGGAGGGGGUGCCAGUGAGAUCCCGGAGGAGGCCGCCCUGCAGAACCCCCUGUGCCCGGAGGCCCGCGUGUUCCGGUCGUCCCAGGAGGCGGAGGGCGCCUCGGGCGCGUCUCACCAGGACACCGGCCCCGUGGUGCUGUGCCAGCUGCGGGGCGGCGCCCCGGUGCUGCGCCUGGACGGCUCCGGCGCGGCGGGGCUGCAGGCCCUCCACUGGGCCCCACGCGGGCAGGACCCGGGCGAGUCUCCGCAGGCAGACGGCCCCAGACCAGUGACCGCCCUGGUAGGACGCCUCCUGCCCGUGCCAGCAAAACUGAACCUCAUCACACAAGACGGUGGCUCAGCCCACAGUGGCAGGGGGGUGGCACCUGUGUCGUGCACGGGCUGGGUGUGGGACGCGAGAGGGAGGAGUCGGGAUGCUGACUUUCAGCCUGAACCGGUGCCGAGGCGGGUGCCCGUGAAGACAGCCAAGAGCCUGCGGGUUUGUGGGGAUACGGGGUCCCGUGCGGGAUACCCAGGCCUGCGCUGGGGCCUGCUGGGGGCUGGUGCGGUCCUCCUGGUCCUCCCGGGAACACGCGUGCCUUCACCCCCGCAGCUCGGUGAGGCCGCCUGCGCGUCCGCAGCCAACGGGCCCGCCUUCCCCGCGGGACCAGCCCUCGGGGUGCCGCCCAAGCCAGCUGUGGCCGGGUGCUGCGACUGCCUCGCCGCCGGGGACUGUGGCAGCCGCUGCAGCGGCUGCAACUGCCGCAACAGUUUAUGUCUCGGGACCGAGCGGCUGAAGGCCAUCAAGGCCUGCACCAUGGACCCCCACCCGGCGGCAGCCUCGCUCCCGGCCCGCGCCACCCUCCCGGCAGGCCUGCGCUGCGACUGGCGACUCCCGGGUCUUUGUGACGAGCACCGACUCCCUGUGUUACCAGAAACGCGAGGGCAGCUGUGUGUGUGGGCUGCGCAGGGGCGCCCCCGGGGCUGCCCUGCGGGCGACACGCACACGGACCCCGUGGAGACGCUGGGGCGCAGCGAGUGUCGAGUGCACGCGAGCUGCUGGCAGGGCCGAGCCCACGGUCUCGGGGAGAGCGGCAGAAACUCGGGGGGAGGAGACGCGUCCACACGGGCACUGCGCUCCUCCGGCCCCUUCACCGCCCGCUCACCUCCCACAUCGGACGACAAUCUGCGCAAGCAGGUCCCACUGUGCCCCGGCUCGGACUUGGAAAGCGCAGCCGAGACCUGGGCAGAGCCAGGACGCCGAGAGGCGUGGGCCACAGUGAUGUGCUCUUCGGUCUGCAAGUGCGUCGGCUGCAGGAGCUACCCGGAGAGCCCAGAGCGGAGAGCACCGGCGGCCGUGCCUGCCUGCGCGGAGACCGGAGGCGCCGAGGGCGGCCGGCCGCCAUGCAGAGCCGAGAGGCGGUCCUCGUGCAUCUCCUGGGAGGUGGUGGAGGCCACCUGCGCCUGCCUGCUGGCCCAGGGCGAGGAGGCCGAGCGGGCGCAGCGCCCGGAGGGCCUGGCCCAGCAGAUGAUCCUGGAGGAGUUCGGGAGGUGCCUGUCGCAGAUCCUCCACACCGAGUUCAAGUCCAAAGGGCUGACCAUGGAGUAGAGCAGAGCCCGGUGGGACGCGGUGCCAGCAGGGGGCGCAUCGAGGACGGAGGCCAGGUCUGGGGGAGCGGCCACACCAGCGAGGUCAGGCUCCCCCUCCGCACCGGGGACACAAAGACUCGGUCUCCCAGGGGCCAGCCCCCCGGGGCCCCUGUGUGAGGGCAGGCACGACCCGGCCGUUGUUGUGGGGCCACGGCGGGGAGUGUGGGCCCCGUGGGCUGGGCGACGUGUCUGCACCGACCCCGGAGGCUGGCGGGUGGGCCUGGGGCCCAGGGGUGGGGGCGAGCCCGGCCCUACUGACCGCGUCCCCCUCGGGAGUUUUCCUCUGGACGUGUCUCUGCAUGAAAAGCCAUAUGAUUUCCCCCAAAUUAUUUAGAAACCAAGUCCCCCGAUGGGCCGCUGAGACACGGCUUGAAACCCCCAGGGGACGGCUGCACACCCGCAGGAUCUGCGUGCAGACACGUCCCCAGAGAGGCAGGG